AUGUUCGGUAGCACAGAAGAGCGUCGAAGGCAUGAAAUCUCCCACUCCCGGAUCUUAAAGUGCUCGGACCCCGCUUGCGACCUCGCAGAUCAUGCUUUCACGCGGCAGUCUUUGCGCAGACACAUAGCAAAGUACCACCAGGACACCACAGACCCGAUCUUUCCGGAUUUUAUCUCCGACGCAUACGGAGCGAUGACACCGCAGAAGAAACAACUGCUCGUCCAACGGGAUAUUGCGGCGAUCCAAAAGACACCCCAGCCUCAUAUACAGCAAGACAUCUCUGACCCCUCUCAGCUUGAUCAGCGAAACUAUUUCUCCGAAGAUUUCCUACGCAGUCCUGGAGGCAAAGCACCCUUCACAGACGAGAGAAUAUCCGAUCCCGCUCCGAACCUACGCGAACUCCAACGGAAAGCCUUUGAGCGACAGCGAAACGGACGCCUCGCACCCGCCCAACGAGAUAUAGCAGCGAACCAGAUGACACCCGAGCACUAUUUACAGCAGGACACGACUACCCAAGAUGUUCAGAAACGCGAGGCAGCCGUGCAGGAUCUCCCUGCCCCAUUACAGCAGUUAUUGAGGCACAAGCCGCAAUCUGAAUGGCAAAAUAUUCUUCAAAAAUCCCAGAGGGAGAAUCACAAAGCACAGAUGAGACGAAACCUUUCGCAACAGCCACAAGGUUUACAGCAACAGCGACCACAACAGCGACCACAAUUACGACCACAACCUAUGGCUCAAAUACAAAAUGGUGCUUUCGUGGGUGGCACCAAUGUAAGUGCCGUCAAUUUGCAGCAAUCUCUAUCUGCAGGCCCGUCUCAGCUGGAUCAGAGCAAUUAUUCCUACGACAACUUUAUGGAUGGUCCCAGAGGAGAAGUACCCUUCCAAACCAGGAAUCAUUCGGGCACAAUUGACCCCUUUGGGAGGACCUCAUUGGAACAAGAGCAGAAACGGCAACAGCAAAGACCUAAUUCGCCUUCUUACAUCCAGUCAAUCUACAACUAUCGGACGGAAGUCAUGCAACAAGCCACAGCUAGACAUCUAGGCAAUAACAGCGUGCAAGAGCAAGACGUGAUAAAUCAGAGCAUUCCGCAAGCUCGUGAAUCUCCCGUCGCUUCCGUUUACAAGCACCGAUUGAACGCAAAAAACAUGAACACUGACCGUCCAGGCGACAUGUCGCCUGGGCCAUCAGUGUCAGAACCUCAGUGGUCCAAUUCAGAAUAUUAUCUGUACGGUAUAGAUCGUCAGAGGCCCAAUAUGCCCGAUCAUUAUCAUCCGGCCGAUGUCACGCCGACGAAGGACGGGGCCAACAGCAUAACAUCUCCUGCAGAGCCUGGAACUGAGUAUGGGCACUUGCACGGUGCUGACAUAUCCGGAGCCGAUACCGCUAUGUCCAUAGAUGACUCGAGAGACAGAUUCGCUGGCGACGAUGGCCCUGAGCUUGAGAUUAAUUAUGAGAGACUAACUCCUGUAGCCGAUCACCAUGUUGAUUCCCGAGAGACCAGACGGAGUUGCACACCCUCGCCUCCCACCCAUUGCCAACAAUCCGCACCGUUUGGUGAAUGGAGACCUGGAUCAUUGGGAGCCUUACCCUGA